AUGUUAGCAGUGGUUCUCGCGCUUUUUAUUGCGAUCAUCGCGGCUUUUGUUAGUUUUUUUUUUUUUAUCAUUUUAAACUCAGCCCGACUUCGAACUGUUUCAGAAUUGCGUCAAAAAAUCGUACAACCUAGCGCCGGUUAGAGAUGUCGGCAAAUCUGUACGCACCGAAGCGGUAAGUUAAUUCAUUCCGUUAAAAAUACCUUUUUCUUUGAUGAAAAAAAUUCACAAAAAAUACAUUUUAGCAGUACGUGAAGAGCCCCAAAGAGACGCCCAAUAGUAAGACUAACCUUUUUGCGGAAUCCAAAAUUUUAUUUUUCAGCUCCUGUUUCGAACUCUGGGAGUGUAAUGAAAUGUGAAACUUUCUUUUUUUAAUAUAAAAAAAUGCCUAUUUUUUUCAGGACGUGGACAGUUGCAAUGAGGCUGAAAAAAACUAACGCUUUUCAAUCUAAUAACUAAAAAUAAAUUUUUUUAUCUCCUCUUUCUCAUACAAAUGAAGCGGAAAAAUGAAUUUUAAAAAAAGGAAUCAGAAAAAAACCAGAAUCCUUUUUUUACAGUGAUUGCUCUUAGUGCAGAUUUUUUUAAAGGCUUGCUGGCGUUAGCAAAAAACUUGAUUUUAUAAACUAAACGUGCAUCUUUGAAUGUUCUGAUUGUAUUUUUUUCUCUGAAUUUUUUUCUAUUUUUUUCGUACAAAAAAACUCGUUAUUAUAAUAAUAUUAACGAAGAUAUCGCCCAAAAAAACUGCGAUCGGUGUAUGCGCAAUUUAAACCCUGUGCCAAACCGGACCAACAGAUGUGAAAUACCAAGUUUCUGAGACUCAGAAGAAAUUGAAUAUCAAGCAUACUAAUGGAUUCUUUAACGAUUUUUUUAAAUUAAGAUUAACGGCGAAAAAAUUUGGUCAACGUCGGAGCUCCAAUAGUUUCAAGUAAAUUUUUAUGAGGUUGUUUAGGCCGUUGAUCAGUACUUGUGUUGCUGUCACAAGGUUUAUUUUGUCACCUUUUUUCUUUCAAAUUUUACAAUUUUUAGCAAAAUCGAUGGAUUCCUCGGUCAUCGCUGAAGUUGUGGCGAACGACUCCACUUUUUUGUCUAUAUCGAAGAUCAUUUGAAUCUUUUUCUUUUCAAUUUCUGCAACUUUCAUGGCUGAAAAGACAGUCUAAGGUUAAUAUCAAUAUUGCAAAGGGUUUCCCGCUCACAAAAUUAAAUUUUGGCCUUUUCAAUAUUUCGUUUCCACGUUUGAAUUUUUUGAUGCAGAAACCAACAGAAAAUAUAGUUUGUUCAUUUUUUGAACGUCAAGUACAAUGACGUCAUUCGAAAACGCUCUGUGGAUGGCUCGCUCUCUGAUUGGCUUAUCGGGCCAUUAGGGGCGGAGCUUUAGAAGCGACUUGACAUUCAAAAUCUGAACAGACUAUAAACUUUAUGCGCUUUCUUCACGUUAAAUGUCAUUCAAUUUAAUUUAUCAUUAUAUUCCUUCUCAAUCCGUAAAUUUAUGUGUUUCCAGUCGGGAACCUCGAUUACGGUGCAGAAGAAGCAACACUCCGUCAACUUUUCCGCCGGGUCGGACUAGUCGGGGGCGGCAUUGCUCAACUGGAAAAGACUCAUUUCUAACGUCCGCGAGGUCGUAGGUUCGAGUCCCCCCGAGGUCGACCCAGCCUUUCAUCCCUCUGGGGUAAAUGAGCUCUCCGUUUUGUGUUGUUUCUAAUAUCUUUAAAUAAAUGGAAUUCGUAACUUUGUAUUGUUUUGAAGACUUUGGUUGGAUUUUCCGACUGAGAUACGAUUUUAUUGUGUCACGCGCUUCAUUGAUAAGAUCUAUGAUAAAAAAAUAUAUAAGAGGCUAUUUUGUUCUGUCUUUUUUUUUCAUCUAGUUACCGUUCCUCUUGUUUCGAAUUAUUAUAGCCUAUUCCGCGCCAGCUUGUCACGUUUUUCUUCUUGCCAAAAAAAACCGUAUAAUGAAUUUGAUCAAAUUUGACCAACUGAGCUCUAUGACCAUUGUUUCUUGCUGUUUGAAGAGCGGAGUUGCAAAAAAAUCUGUUUUUAGGGUAGCCUUCAUGAACUUUUUUUGCUUUCUUUUUUUUUUGCAGUUUUUCAGAGUUCCGCGCGAGACGGUCGCGUUUUGAAGCACAGCAGAGAAAGGCUACCCUAAAAACAGCUUUUUUUGCAGCACCUCGCAUGCUGAUCAGGUGUCUCAACGGGUGUACCCGUAUUAAACCCGUGUUUCUGAGGUUAUUUUAGUCUCAGUUGGGCUAAAACGGGGGAACAACGGGUGUAAGAAAAAUAUGUAACCCAGCUGGGCUAAAGCGGGGUCUCAGUUGGGCUAAAAAUUGGCAAAAGUUCUAUCAGCUGGGCUUUUACGAGUUUAAUACGGGGGCACCCGCUGAGACCCCGUGUUAGCACGGCGGGGUUACCCUGCUCAGCAUGUGAGUCUGCUCUUAAAACAGCAAGAAACAAAGGUCAUAGACUCGCAUGCUGAGCAGGGUAACCCCGCCGUGCUAACACGGGGUCUCCGCGGGUGUAUUAAACCCGUAUAAGCCCAGCUGAUAGAACUUUUGGCAUUUUUUAGCCCAACUGAGACCCCGCCUUAGCCCAGCUGGGUUACCUUUUUUUCUUACACCCGUUGUUCCCCCGUUUUAGCCCAACUGAGACUAAAAUAACCUCAGAAACACGGGUUUAAUACGGGUACACCCGUUGAGACACCUGAUCAGCAUGCGAGGAGCGAAGUUGGUCAAAUUUGAUCUAGUUCGGUAUGUUUGGCGGGAGGGCAAACUUGACAAGCUGGAGACAAGGAUUUCCCGCUAUUUUCCUGAUACUCGAAAACGACUACAAUUAGUUUUUUUCUGACGGAAAUUGUUUUUUUAUCCGAAUCUUCCUAUAAAGCUUUAUUAUAACAGGUAAAGUCAAAAUCAAGAAUAAUCUAGCGAGAUUCAGGCCUUUUCUGAUUUCAGGAAAAUGGCGGAAAAUCAUUUUUCACUUUAUUGUUUCUCGUACCUGACCAGGUAAGAGUACUAUAUGCUCUUGCCUGGUUAUUCACGAGCGGAAAAAAUCAUGAAUAUUGAAAGUUUCUCAAAAAAAUAAAGUGAUUUUUUUGAAUUUUUUUCUGUUAAUGUUGUUGAUGAAGUGUCUCGUGACCGACGAAGACUCGAAAAAAGUUAACGAUUCCAGACCCUGGUCUUUUGUCGCAAUCUCGUUGUAACACGGUUUAUGUUGCCUAUUUUUUUUCUUUUUUUUUCGAACUUUACACUUGUAGCGGAACCGACCGAACUUCUCUUGUCUUGGAAAUCAACGGAUUCCGUCUUCGCUUCCCGAAUUUCAUUCUUCCGUUCUUGUACAUCGCAGAACGGUGGAAUUGUCUUCACCACUGGCGAGUUCCUGAUCAAAAUCCCGUCUUUUUUUUUUGACAAUCUCAGGAGCCAAUAAAAAAACGUAGUUUGAGAAAUUUAUGCCAUCUUGGUGAGCUGUUUAUUUCGUAUCGAACGGUUACUGAAAGCUUUUUCUCGGGCAAAACUGAAAAGAUACCCGAAAGCUUUUCUCAAAAAAAGACCUUGAAAGGGUACCCAGCAGAUCUUUUUUACAUUUCAAUUCUUUUUUGCGUCUUUUUCACAUCCUCUGACAAAAAGGAUCCUGGCUCGGGAAAAACUGAAAAGCUCCCCAAAAGCUUUUCUCAAAAAAAGACCUUGAAAGGGUCCCCAGCAGAUCUUUUUUACAUCAUUUCAAUUCUUUUUUGCGUCUUUUUCACAUCCUCUGACAAAAAGGAUGCUGGAAAGCAACUAAAAAGAUCCGAGAGGAUUCAAAAAGGAUCCUCUGAGGCUAUGAAAAAGGUGCUCAAAAGCUUUUUUACAUCAUUUUAGGAGCUUUUAGAGGAAGCUUUUUAUCUCCCUCUCAGGAUCCUUUAAGGAUCCUCAAAGGAACUUUUCAGUUUUACCUAUGUUAGAUGAUACCCCUUGGAUUAUAUAGUUAAUUCUUUUUCCUUUUGCAUUCUCCGUCUGGAAUGCUGCAGGGAUUUGAACUGAAAGAUUCUAAAAAAUUACAUACUUUCCAGCAAUUUCAAGCGGGAAAAGGUCUUCAAACUCAUGUUUUUUACUGGCCUCUCUAAAAACAAACUCUAAAAAUAAAGUCAAAAAUGAACUGAUUUUUUUAAAAAAACAUGCGUUUGCAGAAUUGUUUUCCGCAGAACUAUUUUUUUAUAGGAAAUUUUUAAGUGAACUUUUUCUCUGGACACCUUUUUUCUGUACGAAAAGCUGUAUAAAAUUAGCUUAAAGUAUGCUCAUCGGUGUUCGCGGAUCUGUUCUGCUUCUCUCUCUUCUUUUUUUGACUCCUCAAGUAAUCAUGGCCUCCGAUGGAUUCAAAGUUCGCGGUUCGUUUCACGUGAUAGAUAGACUGUCGAUUAUCAGCACAACUUCCUGAUUUCCGAGUAAGGACACUUCAAAGUCUGAGAAUGGACCACUUUAACGGAUCUUUUUUUUUUUCAAAAACCAGUUUUUUUUGCGGAUCUAGACUAUGAGGUUCUUGAUCAAGGAAUAUUUUGGCCAAUUUUGAAAACUCAAUAAUUGGCUUGAAUUUUUGUGAAGCAAAAAGUUAGACAUUAUGAAACUUCACUGACGUCGGGUUCUAAACCGAACUCAUUUUUUUUAACAAAAUUUUUGGUUUUUUCUCGCGACAACACAUCCGAGUUAUUUUGAAUUUUCAGUCGGAAACGUCCCAUACCAGGCGACUGAGCAGGAAGUCGGGCAAUACUUCAGCGCUGUGGGCGAAGUCAACACCGCAGAGUUAGUUUCAAUUUUGAAACAAUUUCAAUGACGUCACUCAAAAUUUCGCUCUGCGGCGCUCGCUUCAGUAUUGGCUUAUUGCGGUAUCAAGAGCGGAGCUUGAAAGAUGACAUUGAAAAUCUGAACAAUUUACUCGUCUUCAGGAUCGUCUACGACAAAGAAACUGGUCGCCCUAGGGGAUUAGCCAUCGUCACGUACGCAGACGAGUCUGGGGCUCAAAGGGCAGUAGAUGAGCUCAACGGCCAGUCGUUCAACGGCAAUAAUCUCAUUGUUAGUCAUGAAAACUAG